AUGGAAAACAAGGGUGGGGAGAAUGUGCGACGCGCCAAGAGCCAAGAAGGGCCAAGAGCGGACAGUCGCCAUGGAACUGACCCACAGAGGCGGUCUUUCCUCAGCGCAAGAAGCUUGGACGAAAGAAGGAGCGGUCGCAGCGCUGGAUCCAACAUCAGCCGCACCGUGGAGACCUUUCCGUUUUUCUCGCCCGAGGCGGCAGCUGGAGAGAUUGCUUUUUGCAAAUUCAAGGCCAGUUGUCGUCGGUCGUGUGGGGGAGUGAUGGAGCUCGAAGGCAAGGCGGAUCGGAGAUCGCUAUGGUCGGUGCCUCUGCAUGACGACUUGAUGGGUCGCAUGUUGGCACGGCUGGUUGGGAAUGAUGGCUUUAUGGGCCACAAAGUUGUCAAUCGGUUUGGACGACGACAAGCCUGUCGCUUGUCUGAUGUCCGCCAGAACCGAAAUCCAACUUUAUCUACAUGGAAAACAAGGGUGGGGAGAAUGUGCGACGCGCCAAGAGCCAAGAAGGGCCAAGAGCGGACAGUCGCCAUGGAACUGACCCACAGAGGCGGUCUUUCCUCAGCGCAAGAAGCUUGGACGAAAGAAGGAGCGGUCGCAGCGCUGGAUCCAACAUCAGCCGCACCGUGGAGACCUUUCCGUUUUUCUCGCCCGAGGCGGCAGCUGGAGAGAUUGUCAGAUAAUCAACUCCGUAGCUGUAAUGAGAGCCUCAACGCUCUAGCCACCUCUGGAGUAUACUGA